CAAAAUGGAUUAGUUUUUAUUUCAGUACGCAUAGAAAUAAGCAAAUUCGGGUAUGAAUAAACCACCGGUUCCCGAUGUGCGGUGUACGGCAUAUAUUUCAAAUCUUCCCUUCGAUUUGACCAACAUAGAUGUGCAUAAAAUAUUUUCCAAACAUGGUAAAAUUGUGAAAGUAACGAUACUACGCGACAAAACUACCCGGAAAAGUAAAGGGGUCGCUUUCGUCCUCUUCUCCACACCACAAGAAGCACUGGAAUGUUGCAAUGUGAGCAACAAUACGCAAAUGUUCGGUCGGACAGUGAAGGCAAGCAUCGCGAAGGACAAUGGCAAAUCGGCAGACAAUGCGCAACGGAAGCACUAUCCCGAUAAGAGCAGGUGUUUCGAGUGUGGUGAUGAAGGACAUCUAAGCUACAGCUGCCCGAAGAAUGUACUUGGGAGUAGGACACCGCCACGGAAGUCCGGUGGUAACCGAGCGAAGCGAAAACAACGGUCCGCUGAGUCGGAAUCGUUCGGAGGUACGAGUGAACCGGAAGAGGCACCAGUGCGGAAUGCAGAUAGUGUGCCGGUUCCGGUAAAGAAGGUGAAAUAUAAGAAAAGUGACUACUUUAGCGAUGACGAAGAGCUAGAAGAGGGUGAUUGAUAAAUUGAGGAUAAUUUUUAUGGUACCUCAAACAUGUGUAGAACGUGUAACUCUGUUAGAUAAAAUGUAUAUUUAAAAUUAACUUUUAACACAAAAAACAUACU